CUGGCGCAACCCCUAAAUCGCAACCCUUAAAUAUUAAUAAAUGCCAAACGGCUUAACGUAGGAUGACGUGUGACGUAUCGUUGGAAAGGGGAUGAAAAAGGGGGUUGAACUCAGUAUGUGGCGUGCGCAUCGGAAUAUGCCAAAAGGGCAUUACGUCAUAUCUUCUUUUCUAUUGGUCCGAUUUUGACGUAAGAGGGCUCGUCGGAACGGGGAGGGGGUAACGAACACAUAAAAAAGAUGGCGGCAGUGCCAAAACGGCAUUACAGCAUAUCUUCUUUUCUAUUGGUCUGAUUUUGACGUAAGAGGGCUCGUCGGAACGGGGAGGGGGUAACGAACACAUAAAAAAGAUGGCGGCAGUGCCAAAAGGGCAUUACAGCAUAUCUUUGUUGCUAUUGGUCCGAUUAUGACGUAUGGAGUGUCAAAUGAAAGCGGCGGCGACACAGAAGCCAACUGUCAAUUCUUCUUCUGUCAACGUUCAAUAUUAACUGUCAAUUCUUCUUCUUUUCCGUAUAGUGCCUAACAGAACGUGACAUUUGACGUAUGACGUGACAAACGAAAUAAAUAAGAAGAAGAAUUGACAGCAUCAUGACAAACUAAAAGAAGAGGAAGAAUUGACAGCAACAUGACAAACUGAAAAGAAGAAGUUGACAUGACAAACGAAAAGAAGAAGAAUUGACAGCAACAUGACAACUAACAGAAGAAGUGACAAUGGCUUAACAAAAUGAAGAAGAAUUGACAAACCGGAAAGAAGAAGAAGAAUUGACGGCUGCGGAAAAGAAAAAGAGUUGACAUGACAAACGAAAAGAAGAAGAAGAAUUGACAGCAACAUGACAACUAAAAGAAGAAGUGACAAUGUCUUAACAAAAUGAAGAAGAAUUGACAAACCGGAAAGAAGAAGAAUUGACGGCUGCGGAAAAGAAGAAGAAGAAGAAGGUGACGUGACAAACGAAAAGAAGAAGUGACGAUGGCUCGACCCAAAGUAGAAUUAACAAACCGAAAAGAAGAAGAAUUGAUAGCAACAAGACAAACGAAAAGAAGAAGAAGAAGUAACAAUGGCACAGCACAAUGAAGAAUUGACAAACCGGAAAACAGAAGAAGAAGUGACACACCGAAAAGAAGAAGAAUUGACAGAUGGCUUGACACAAAGAAGAAGAAGAAAUUAAAUACGAGUUUAUUAUUCAUAAAAUUCACAUCUAAUACUAAGUAUUAAAUAGAAUUUCAUUAGUCACACAAAACGAAUGUGUCAGCGGAAGCAAGGCACAUUCCCAAUCUCAUAUUACACCUGUAACAUGAUAUUGCAAUAGUAAGAAUGUAGGGCAAUGACCGCAAAAAAGCAACGAUUAUAUUUUUUGCAACAUCGCCAGAAACACCUUGCAAAUUUUACACGACUCGUUAAAACGGAAAUUAAAACUGCAACUUAUAUAAAUAAUAUUCACAUGUCUAAUAUUGCAUUUUAACCUGAUAUUGCAAAAUAAAUAAGAAUGUAUAAUAUGGCAAUGACCGCAAAAAAAAAAGCAUCAAUUAUAUUUUUUAGUAUACGAUUUCAUUAUUAUGACACAGCACAUUCUACCCGACGCGUUAAUAACGGAAAUCAAAACCGCAAACUCUAGCAAUAAUAUGCACAUGCCGUUUCAAAGAAUCCUGCAAGUACAUACAUGUAAAUUUUAAUGCGUCAUCAGAUUAACCUACUAUAUAAAUAGAAAUCGGGGGAUAGCCAGUUCAUUGAGUUUCCGACAGGCAUAAAGUACACCAAUUGUGUCCGAACCACAGUUUCUGAACGUGUCGCUAGUUAGUUCGCAGUGCAGUGAUAAAUACUGAAUCAAGAUGGAUUUAACAAAAAUAAAUGCCGUUUCUUUGGUUGCAGACCGUAAACCAAUAAUUAAAUUAAACGAACUACCAAUAAACGAGCCACAAAAAGUAAUAGACGCCAAGCUGGUGAAAAAUAAAUUUGGCCAAGUAGUUUUGCUGGAACUGGAGGAGAACGUUGUGUUCCUGCCAAAUAGAGUCACAAACGUAUAUACUCCAUUCAUCUCUGACUUUGCAACUAAGAAGUAUUCCAUUAUAUUUCGAGGACUGAUCGAUACCGGAUACCACCGCCCAUCAGCAAAAUUUGAGAUAAUAGACAACUAGCUAUUAGAAUAAAGGAAAAAGGGUAAGUGAUCUUGUUCUUUCUUGUAUCUUUUGUGUUUGAGUAGCCAUGCAACAUAAACAAGUGAUCAAACAGUCUGAUGAUUUGCUUUACAUUAUUAAAACGCUUCGUAAAAUAAUGUUUGACAAAUUCACUGAUAGGGACCGUAAAGUGUGGACAAGACGUGUAAAUAGUCAAAUUUGGAGAUGCAAUAAAGUUAUUAAAAACAAUAAGCUACCCAUUGGAACAGUUAGAAAAUUGCAAACUAACAUAGGUCAUUUUAAGCAUUUUAGACAAAUUAUUUUAAAUUUCAAUAAUAAACAUGUUGGGAUGGGGUUUAGUUCAAAAUUACGCAAUAGAGUUAAAUGGGAAAAUGUUAUGUCGUGUUUUGCCAGUCGAAUUAAAACCGGUGUAAUAGUAAAUUUAACUCAUAAGGACAUUGGCCAAUUUUUAGAGGAUGCUUAUACUGUUUUUAGCAACAAAAUUAAAAUUAUUUUGAAAACACAUAGAAUACUUAAAGUCAAUACUGCAUUUUGCGGGGAGUUCAUUAAAAAAUCAAGUGAUAGUGAAAGUGUAGAUUUAAAAUAUUUUAAUACGAAAAAUGCUAUUAUAGAUACAUCGACCGAUUUACAUCUUUGGUUUCGUGAAAAUGUUAAAGAUAAAAUUUAUACAAAGCUGUCCGAAUUUGCAGAAAAAGAUUCAGGAGCCGCGCUGUCUAAAGUAAUUUCAUUAGAGGUUAAUAUUAAUAGAGUGGACAUAGGAAACGGUUCGUCCUUCAUUGACUUGCCAAAAGAGAUUAGUAAUAAAAAGGCUUGUAUCAAUGUUCGUAAUUUUGAUCAAGCAUGCUUUUAUUGGUCAAUAGUUAGUGCUUUGUAUCCUGCUAACAAAGAUGCUCAAAGAGUAUCCAAAUAUCCACAUUAUUCUACUAUUUUUCAAACGGACAAAUUAGAAAGCCCAAUGCCAUUAAAUCAAAUUUCAAAAUUCGAAAAACUAAACGCCAUAUCAGUCAAUGUUUUCGUAUUAGAAUUAAAUAUAGUUAAGGACAAACAAUUUUACGAAGUAGUACCUGCCAGACUGACACCAACAAAGUUGGAAAAGCAUGUUAAUUUGCUUCUUGUGCAAGAUAAAUAUUUUCCAAAAUUAAAUGAUUACGAUGCUCCUCCAGAAGAUGACGAUCAGACGGAAAUACGUUUUCAUUAUUGUUGGAUUAAAGAUUUGGGAAAAUUAGUACAGUCACAAGUGAAUAAGAGCAAAAGUAAAAAAUAUAUUUGCGAUCGUUGUUUAAACCACUUUAGCAGUGAAAUCAAACUAGCAGAGCAUGAAGAAAUGUGUUCGGAUAUGAAUAAAUGCAAAAUGACUGUUCCUAAAUAUGAUCAUGUGGGUUUUCGCAAUUUUACGUACAAACAAACAACUCCGUUUAUAGUUUAUGCCGAUUUUGAAUGCCAAUUACAUAAUUUUACGGAUUCCAAUGUCAAAUUGAGUAAAACAGCAAAAUAUCAGAAACAUGUACCUUUUAGUGCAGGUUAUUAUUUUAAAUGUGCUUACGAUGACAGUUUAUCUUAUUUUAAGAGCUAUAGAGGUGAAAAUUGCAUGGAGUGGUUUGCAAAAGAAAUGGCUGAAAUUUCCAAAUUUGUAAAUUCCAAGUUGAAAACAAUUAUACCUAUAGCCGAAAAGACUAAUACAAAUGGAGCGACUGUUUGUCAUAUUUGUGAGAAACGCUUUUUGGCUACAGAUACAAUUGUAGUAGAUCACAACCAUUUUACCGGAGAGGUACGUGGAUUUGCACACCAAGCAUGUAAUUUGAACUUUAAAAAAUUAUUUGUUGUUCCCGUGGUUUUUCACAAUUUUGGUGGUUACGAUUCGCAUUUUAUGAUUAUUGAUUUAUGCAAACAUGGGCACUUGAGUCUACUUCCAAUUAAUAAAGAAAAAUAUAUUUCAUUUACAUUACACUCUGACGAACAUCAAAUUAAAUUACGAUUUAUUGAUUCACUAAGAUUUAUGGGAGCUUCACUCGACGAAUUAGCAUCAAUUUUAGACACAUCGGAAAAGAAGAUUUUAAAACGAGAAUUUAGUAAUUUAGAUGAUGAUACAUUCAAUUUGUUAACUUGUAAAGGAGUAUUUUGUUACGAUUAUAUCGAUAGCGUGGAAAAAUUAGAUGAAACUUCUUUACCCAACAUUAGGCAUUUUUAUAAUAAGCUAAAUAAUGAAUAUAUUAGUGAAGAGAAGUAUGCUCAUGCGCAGAAUGUUUGGAAUAAAUUUAAUUGUAAAAAUUUGGGUGAAUACAGCGAUUUGUAUUUGAAAACAGAUAUUCUGCUGCUGGCUGAUGUGUUUGAGCAGUUUCGACAAAAAUGUCGAGACACGUAUAAACUAGAUCCUGCUUGGUAUUAUACCAUGCCAGGAUACACGUGGGAUUGUAUGCUGAGAUACACAAAAUGUAAAUUAGAAUUGCUAAAAGAUGUGGAUAUGAUUUUGUUCAUGGAAAAAGCCAUAAGAGGCGGAAUAUCUGUUUGCAGCAACAGGUAUUCGGAGGCCAACAACAAAUACAUGUCGACGUAUGACCCCACACAACCCUCUAAAUACAUCAUGUAUUUAGACGUGAAUAAUCUGUAUGGCUGGGCCAUGAGUGAGGCUUUACCAAUAGGAGGAUUCAAAUGGAUUGAAGAUGGUACCAAAUUUGGUGUUGCAUCAAAAUCCACUAAUCUUCCCGAAGGUCAUAUUGAUAUUAUGUCAAUACCAAAUGAUGCGAAAGAGGGCUAUUUUUUCCAAGUUGACUUGGAGUAUCCACGCGAAUUGCAUGAUAAACACAAAGAUUUUCCAUUUGCUGCCGAACACCGCAUUCCGCCCGGUUCAAAAUUGCCAAAGUUAAUACCAACCUUAUAUCACAAAACAAAAUAUAUUAUUCAUUAUAGAAAUCUUAAACAGGCAUUAGAGAACGGUUUAAUUUUAACAAAGAUACACAGAGUGUUGAAAUUUAAACAAUCUGCGUGGCUGCGACCAUAUAUUGAGUUAAAUACCAACUUACGAACAGCAGCCACAAGUAGCUUCGAAAAAAAUCUCUUUAAAUUAAUGAAUAAUGCUGUGUUCGGUAAGACAAUGGAGAACAUAAGACGUCAUCGUAUCGUAAAAUUAUGUAAAAAAUGGCAUGGAAGGUACGGAGCUAAAAAUUUGAUUGCAAGUAGUCGAUUUCAUAGUCGAACGAUCUUUCAUGAGAAUUUGGUGGCUAUCGAACUGAAAAAAUCAGAAGUAUGCUUUAAUAAACCCCUGUAUAUAGGCGCAGCAAUCCUUGAUAUAUCCAAAUUAUGUAUGUACGAUUUUCAUUAUAACUUUAUGCUUCCAACGAUGGGAGAAGAAAACUGUUCAUUGCUGUACAUGGACACAGACAGCUUUAUUUAUGAACUGCAAUGUUCAGAUGCAUAUAGAGAGGUUUUAAAAGCAUAUCCAAGCAAAUUCGAUACCUCCGACUACGCCGAAAAUAACCCAUAUGACAUAGAACGAUUAAAUAAAAAAAUCCCUGGAUUAAUGAAGGAUGAGGCAAAUGGGAAAAUAAUUACACAUUUUAUUGGGCUAAGAUCAAAAAUGUACACAUUUAAAAUGCAAAUAACAGACGUGGAGAGGGAAAAAGAAAGACAACGCCUGGAACGAAAACAACUAAACAAAGAGAGAAUUGAAAGCGACGUAAGCAAUUUGGGAAUAACCAAAAAGGCAAAAGGAGUGAAAUAUAAUGUCGUUCGAAAUAAAAUUACGUACGAAGACUAUGAAAAAUGUCUUAAAGAAUUCAAAAUUCAAAACGCAAGCCAAAGAUGUAUUCGGUCAUAUCAACAUUCAGUAUUUAGCAUCGAACAAUCCAAAACGGCUCUAAGUCCUUAUGACGACAAGCGGUACUUAAUACCAAAAUCAUUUAAUACGCUUCCGUGGGGGCAUUAUAAUACAUAA